AUGCAAGGAUUAAAAUCAGCAUCAGAUGGACUGGAAAGAGUGUUCCGUCAGUACGGAAUAGUGACAUCCUUAGUCGCACCGGACAACAAGUUUGCAUUUGUCUCUUACAAGACCUACGCAGAGGCAGAGUCAGCGAUCGCGAAUUUAAACCAGCAGAAGCCGAUGUUCAUGCGAGUGAAGUUCAGCAGCAGGUCAGCGAACUCAAAGAUGAUCCCGGAGGGACUUCUGACUCCAGUGACUCCAACAUCAAAGCCACCUGGAGCACCAGCGACUCCAAUUGGAGAGCGAGACUACCGUUUUAAUGAGUCAGGGCUUCCUUACCACGGAAGAACUCCUCUGACCUUGCCUCCAGCUCCUAUGUCAGCGACCCGCUACGAGAUGAACGCUCGGCAUUAUCCGAUCAAUCCCGAGCUAUACAAGUACUUCGACGAGCUGGAGUAUCCGGAGUCCAGCUCGCUCUGGACCAGAGGUCAGCUUACUCUGGACACCCUGGGGCAGAGGAAAGUCUCUGGGGGACGAGGGUAUGUUUAUUACGCGAUUCCUGACCCGAGUCCUGCUGCUGUUUCGCGGGCUAACAAGGUUCUGGAGAUGAGAAGUCCGGGGAGGUUUGCUGUAGGCUCAGACCAGCUAGGUCAUCUCGUUGACAAGUGCAUCGCUUGUCAUAGGGAUGCUGUUCACUGCUGCGCUAAUUGCGCCUCUAGUUACUGCAGUCGCGAUUGCCAGUUUCGCGACUGGCCCAGGCAUAAGAAUGAGUGCUCUAAUGUUCCGCCGUUGUUGGAGAAGGUCAAGGUCGCUAAUGGAGUUCACGAUAACGAUUCGACCGUUGCAUCUCCAAAAUUAAAGAGCCCGAUUUCAAAACCUAUAAUAAAUCCUGACCUAGCUAACGUCACCGCUGACGCUCCAAAAAAAUCCCCGGUAAUUUCCACCCCAGAACUUCCAGCAUCUAAGCCUAGCCCAGUCCCAGAAAAACUGCCUCCUUCUCAUCAAAAAGCUCCCGAGGAUCCUCGAGACGCCCUUAAGCGUUCCAAGUCUCACCCGGAGGAGCAUCGCCGGCAGGACUAUUCCCGUCAAUCAUCCGCCCCGGAGAAGAAACUGGACCUGAACGCUCGCCUUGAAAAGAGCCGGCUUCCAAACCUGAACUUGGACCAUGACUUUGCCUUCCAGAAGCCAUUCCUAUCCUCCGGAGGCUUCACCGAGGUCCAGAUCGUGGAUGUCCACGCUCCCAGCAUCUUCAGCGUGCAAAAGACCUCAGACUUGCCAAAAUUAACCGAGCUGAUGAAGGAUUUAAACGAGAACAUCACCAAGUGCCCGAAAGUCUCUGAAAUAAUCCCAGAAAAAUUCUACGGCGCCCUCUUCGACGGAAUCUGGCACCGAGUCCAGCUGAUCCUCGGACCCAAGCCUAAAUUAGACUACGUGGACUACGGGACCAUCGUGGACGCGACCCCGGACCUUGAGUUGCGCGACAUCGGCGCCCUCUCCGAGGUUCCUCGGUUUGCUUGCUUAAUUAGAGUCCCCACAGAGCUCCCCAGCAGCCCUGAGUACUCCAGCCUCGGCCCGGAGCGGAAGAUGCUCGUGAAGAUGGUCACCCAGGACUCGGAGGGCAUCAUCAACGUCCAGGUCUUCGAAAAGGAGCCCAAGGAGCCCAAAAGUCUGCCCCAGCCUCGCAAAGCUCCAAGCGUGGAGUCAGUUUCUAAAAUGCGUCCUCCUAAAAUCGCCUCCAAGGAACCUGCCGGGCCUCCUCCAGCGCCGGAGCUUCCUAGUAUGAUAACCCGCCUCCCCAAAGGCGCCCUGGCCACCGUAGAAGUCACCCAGGUGAUCGACGGAACCUCCGCGGUCUGCGUCGUCCUUACCGAGGACCUCCUGGAUGCCUACGACAAGCUUCUGAUGCCCCUUAAGGAAGACUGCGAUAAAACUGCUCCAGGGUAUGCCGAUUUUACCCCCAAGGUCAACGAGGUCGUCUGCGGGCUCAAGGAAGACGGCUUCUGGGUCAGAGGACGCGUCCUAGCAGUCACUCCCAAGCUCAAGGUCGCUUCUCUAGACGAAGGGAUCAUCUGCGAGGUCGUUAAAACCAUCCCGAUGGUUUCUAAGUAUGCUGACAUACCUAUUUUUGCUUGCUUGAUACAAACUUCUGAUGUUUUUCCCCUUGAAAUUCACUCUACUGCUUAUAUUAUGAUUAUUAAUCAAGCUAAUGGGUCUCUAGAAGGUGAAUUCGUUGAAACGAAGUUAAAAUUCCAACUCAAACCUUGGAUUUUAUCGAUUGAAAGUUUUAACGUCCAAAAUGGCGCAGGGGAACAUCAAAAUGGCCGCUUGGCGCCAAAUGGCCGCCUAGGAGAAAUUGGCGGGAAAUUUGAAAUUGGCGCCAAAAAUGAAAUUGGCGGGAAAAUUCAAAAUGAAUUAAAAGAAAUUGAGCAGAUAAUUAAAAAUAAUUCUUCUGUUGCAAUUCAAGCUUUUAGAGACGCGUCAAUUGUAUUUGUUAGAUCUUUAGAGACUAAAGAGGUUGAAAGAUAUUUAAAUGUUGUCCAGGAGGCGGCAAGACUGGCUCAAGCAGCUCCAAAAGUUUCUAAAGUAUCUAUUGGAGAUAAAGUUUUGGCGCAAUUUAAACUUGAUGAUAAUUACUACCGUUCAAUUGUUGUUGAUGUCAAGGGUCAGGAGAUUAAAGUCGCGUACUUGGACUUCGGUAACCAGGAAGUGACGGAGAUAGAGCGGCUUAAGGAGAUGCCGAAGGCUUUGAAGCAGCAAGAAGACGGCUGCGUUAAAGUUGUGCUAAAAGGAAUUGAAAAAUUGCCACUGACUCCGGAAGCUUCAGCGUUCCUGGGGACGAUUGCUGACCAGGACACUCCUUUUGUCCUGAGUUAUGACUCUAAAAUUCAGGAUGGAGUUAUUUUGACUGCAAAAGAUGGCGUUAGAGUCAAUGAUAAAAUUAAUAAAUUUUUGAAGCCCAAAUUUGAGGAGCAGCAAGAGAUUUUUAAGCUCACUGAUAUUGAGAUGGGAAAAUUGGGAAGUGUUGGGGCUAAAACUAAUGCGCUGUAUCUUGGAGUCCUUGAGCCGGGGUAUAAAUAUAUUUUUGCACCAAUGGACAGAGAGCUCAUCGCUCAUUUGUCGACGGUUCAAUGA